AUGGAGCGGGACGAGAAAGGAGAAGAUCGAGUAAAAGCUGUCUGUUUUGCAGCCGGAACGGCUGCACUCAUGGCAUGCAUUGAGCGUGCGGUCGUUGUGUCUGUGUUCAUGCAUUGGCGAGUCUGGGCGUUCCUUGCACUGAACCUCUUGCUCUUAGCUAUUCUCUUCACUUCUAAAUCCCAAACCCCAUCAGACGACAUUAUUCAAGAAGAUGGUGCUAAUUCAGAGAUCAAGAAGAAGAAGAGCAUUAGGAAAGAUUGUGCCCGGGCAUCGGUUUCGACCAACGGUAGUGGUGAGAUGUUGAAGUCGGACCAAAGGGGAGAAGCCGUGGUGUGCGAGAAAGAGAUUAAUGUAGAAGAUGAUGGGAAGAAAGAAGAUAAUGAGCAGCUUUCAAAGGAGGAAUUAAACCAGAGAGUGGAAGCCUUCAUUGCUAUGUUUAGGCAGCAUUUGGUUUCUGAUGCUAAGAGUUGUGGGCUAAACUAUCAAGACAAGCCUAAUUCUUCCAAGUCGAAGAUCUCUGCUUUUGGAGUUAAUUUUGGUAUGUUUGAGACUAACAUUUGA